UAUAACAGUGUUAUGUUGAUUAAUUUGAUAUUAGUUAAAAUGUGUAGAAAUUCUUAUAUAGCAAACUAUUUUAUUUAAUUUUUUUGGCUCAUUUGUAGGUUAUACUCAGUAAUCUAUUCAGGAUUUAGCAAAAACAAAAUAAUACUAGACUAUAGCAUUAUCAACUAACCCCAAAGGAAAAACAACUGUCACAAUAAAAAUGCUCAGGAACUUGUUCAUAAACAUGUAGGGACCAGGUGGAAUUAUGCCUGGCUGAAGCAAAUGUUCAGCAGAAUCAAUAGCAUGGUUCUAUUUCCAAUAUAUUCUGCGUCCAUGCUGAUGAAGAUAAUGCCACUAAGUAUCUGUUGUAAUAUGUAAAAUAAUUUUCAGCAUAUUGGAAUCUGAUUGGGCUAGAUUUUCCAUUAUUUUCCUCACUUUUAAAAAAAAAAAUGGUCAGUGUUCAUAAGGUCUCCUAUGUAGUUUGCCUGACUUUUUCAUAAUAUUGUGGUUUGUGAUAAAAUGGUAUGAAGUACCUUCUAGAUUUCUGGAUCACCUUGUAUAAUGGAUGAUAACUAAUGAAGUCUUUUGUGGGGUUUCAUUAAAAGAAGCAGAAGAAUGUGUACAAUGCAUUAAAGAGUUUUCACAGUGAUAUAGUACCAUGGAAACAGUUCCACAUAUGCACCUACCAUUGACUGAAUUCCUUUUUCUUGAAGGUUUCUCUAUUGUCAUUAUGUCAAUAUGGCCCUAUCUUCAACAGAUAGAUAAAACUGCAGAUCCAAGUUUUCUGGGCUGGAUUAUUGCUUCAUACAGCAUUGGUCAGAUGAUAGCUUCUCCAUUCUUUGGAACGUGGUCUAAUUGCAGGCCAAGAAGAGAACCUCUCGUGGUUUCAACUGGUAUUUCAAUAGCUGCCAAUUUCCUCUAUGCUUAUGUCCAUUUGCCCCCUUCACACAACAAAUACUACAUGCUAGCUGCUCGAGCAUUGGUGGGGUUUGGUGCAGGAAAUGUAGCAGUAGUUCGCUCAUAUAUUGCUGGUGCCACCUCUCUUGAUGAAAGAACUAAUGCCAUGGCAAACACUAGUGCUUGCCAGGCAGUGGGAUUCAUACUGGGACCAGUUUUUCAGACUCUCUUUUCACUUAUUGGGGAAAAAGGAAUUUCAUGGAAAACAAUUUAUCUUCAACUGAACAUGUACACAGCUCCAGUUUUAUUUGGAAGUCUUUUAGGAAUUAUUAAUAUUGUUCUGAUAAUUGCUGUAUUUAGAGAGCAUCAUGUGGAUGACUUGGGACGACCACAAAAUAGUAUUAAUACUGAAACUGAAGAAAAUAAUGAAGUGGUUCAAGAUAAUCAGCGAUACAUUGAUCACGUGGCUGUGGUAUCAACAAACUUUCUUUUCUUUGUUAUCCUAUUUAUUUUUGCAGUUUUUGAAACCAUAGCUACACCGUUAACAAUGGAUAUGUAUGCGUGGACCAGAAAAAAAGCGGUGUUUAUCAAUGGCUUAAUUCUUGGUGCUGUUGGCAUUGAAUCAGUGGUUGUGUUUUUAUCAGUUAAAGAACUUUCUAAAAGGAUUGGUGAACGUGCAAUCCUUUAUGGAGGUCUAGUCUUUAUCUUGGUUGGAUUCUUUGUUCUGUUACCUUGGGGAAAUCAGUUGCCUAAUAUCCAAUGGACAGACAUAAGGAAUAAUUCUACUCCAAGAAGGAUUUUUGGUGAAACCUUUGCAUUUUUGUGGAUGUCACAAAUUGAAUUUUCAUCCAAUACUACAUCUGAAGCAACAGGAUGUCCUAGUAUACAAACUUGGUGCAGUUAUACUCCAGUAAUUCAUCUGGGCCAGUAUAUCACUUCCGACAUUCUAAUAGGAUUGGGUUAUCCAGCCUGUAAUGUGAUGUCAUAUACUCUGUAUUCAAAAAUUUUAGGGCCAACACCUCAGGGUAUUUAUAUGGGAUGGCUAACUGCUUGUGGAAGUGGUGCACGUAUUCUGGGCCCGGUAUUUGUCAGUCAACUCUACAGUUCCUUAGGACCCCGCUGGGCAUUUGGUUCCAUCUGUGGAAUUGUCGUUCUUUCUCUCUUACUACUUGAAGUGGUGUACAAAAGACUUAUUGCAUUUUCAAUCAGAUAUGAGAGCCUACAAGAACAGAUCUCCUAACUACCUCUGCUCAGUCUUGUUCUACUUUAAUCAUUAUUUGCUCUUUUCAGUAUUUUGCAUCUUUGGCAGAUGGUUUAUAGAAUUAUCAUUCACCUUGACUGAUAGUACUUCUAUCACCAGAUUUAUAUCAGUUUAAUACUGGAAAUCUACUGUGAUACAGUAGAUAUUAUUAUUUUGGAGCAUACUUUUAAGAGAUGGCACUAGUUCUAAUUAUACACAAUGGAUAUACAAUAUUUAAAAUACAUUGAUUCUGUGAAUCGUGUCUUAGAUGAAACUUUUUAAACUUUAAAAGGCUAUUUAUUCUAACAAAGUUUUAUGAGAAUGAUUAAUAUUUAUGCAUUUUUAUCAUUGGUUGGCUUUUUAAAUUGAAUGUAUUUUAAGUAAAACAUAGCAGAAAUUAAUGCUGAUAUUUUGUAACACAUAAUUUAUUUUGGGAUUUCCCACUCAUUCAAUGUAUAUUUUAUAUUUUAAAAACUGGUUCAAAUAAUAUUAAUAUUAAUAAUAUUAAUGGUUCAAGAUUAAAAAUAAAAAUAGUGUAUGUUGAUAUAGCACUUGUAAUAGAGAUAAGCACUGAAACUGAUAGAGUCCUCAGAUUUAAUAAUUGGAGGCUACUGAGGUAGAUAUCUAAGGUUUCCACUAUUAUGCUAAGAAUCUAAGUCAGUGCUUUCCUCAACAGUAAAACUUUAACCUAUUAUGAAAUGUCUUCAUAUUAAACUGAAAAAAACUUUAAAUG